AUGGUUAAAAAAGAGGUGGAAAGGAAUUGUAAUAUAUUUGGACGUGGUGUUAUAUUAUUGGGACGCAACGUUGAAGUUAAAUUGGGAGCUAAGUACGAUUCCGAGACUCACGCCUUGUUGGAUUUCGUACGAACAGAGCUCCACUAUCAUCCAAAAUCACCAACUUUCAGUCCAAUCCAUGGAAUCGAAGAUGCCCAGAGGGGUGUUUUCGUAAAAUUAUGCACUGCACGUGCAGAGUGUAAGUUGCAAAACGUGAAGGAAUAG